AUCCUGAAAUUGUACCAGCAGCAAGAUGUGGCCUGGAAGGGGACUUUAAGUUCCCCACAACUGCCAGCAAUCCUUCCACCAGGCAAAACACAUCAUCUAAGGAAAAGAAGUGAGGUUUGCUUAGGGCGUGGCAGCUUCGGAUAAAGGCAGGACUCCGCCUGGCAGCCUGAUUUCUCCCGGAACCUCUGCUCAGCCUGGUGAACCACACAGAGGCUGGGGCGAGGAGGAUACCAUCUGUCAGUCUUGGCUGGAUGACAUCAUGGGAAGGGGGUAUAGUGGGGCCUUGCAGGCCAGAGGUGGCUUGGAGGAGCCCCUGGAAAGAGGCUUAAGAGGCCCGAGUUUCACCCAGUCCCCACUCCACGGUGCAGCUGCGGCUUAUCUCUCAGCCCAGCGAGAUGCCAGCCUUCCUGCCCCGGGCCAGCGCUCUGACAUGCAGAAGGUGACCCUGGGCCUGCUUGUGUUCCUGGCAGGCUUUCCUGUCCUGGACGCCAAUGACCUAGAAGAUAAAAACAGUCCUUUCUACUAUGACUGGCACAGCCUCCAGGUUGGCGGGCUCAUCUGCGCUGGGGUUCUGUGCGCCAUGGGCAUCAUCAUGGUCGUGAGUGAGUGGAGGAGCUUGGGGGAGCAGGCGGGCCGGGGCUGGGGCUCCCCUCCCCUGACCACUCAGCUCUCCCCAACAGGUGCAAAAUGCAAAUGCAAGUUCGGCCAGAAGUCCAGUCACCAUCCAGGGGAGACUCCACCUCUCAUUACCCCAGGCUCAGCCCAAAGCUGAUGAGGACAGACCAGCUGAAAUUGGGUGGAGGACCAUUCUCUGUCCCCAGGUCCUGUCUCUGCACAGAAACUUGAACUCCAGGAUGGAAUUCUUCCUCCUCUGCUGGGACUCCUUUGCAUGGCAGGGCCUCAUCUCACCUCUCGCAGGAGGGUCUCUUUGUUCAAUUUUUUUUUAUCUAAAAUGAUUGUGCCUCUGCCCAA